AGAGCUACUGAGAUCGGGAGGAAGGAAGAGGAACGGUUUUGAGCAGCGGAGGAAGAAGGAGAAAUGGCACAAGUGAAGAGGAUUAAGCUCGGAUCGCAAGGCCUCGAGGUCUCGGCGCAGGGCCUCGGGUGCAUGGGGAUGUCGGCGUUCUACGGCCCUCCGAAGCCGGAAGAAGACAUGAUCAAGCUCAUCCACCACGCCGUCGACACCGGCAUCACGCUCCUCGACACCUCCGGUAGCAACGGCCGUCACACCAACGAGAUCUUCCUCGGCAAGGCGUUGAAGGGAGAAAUCAGGAAGAAGGUUCAGCUGGCGACCAAAUUCGGCAUCAGCUUUGCUCCGGACAGGAAGAGGAUCAUGAGGGGCGAUCCGACCUACAUCCGGAAGGCUUGCCAGGCCAGCUUGAAGCGGCUCGGCACCGAUUACAUCGAUCUCUACUUUCAGCACCGUGUCGACACCAAAGUUCCUAUUGAAACCACGGUUUGGCCACUUUUCCCCCAUUUUUCCUUUACUUUCCCUCAGAAACCAACUGCUCGUAGAAUAUGA